AUGGAAUCCAUUAUUAGUCGAUCAACGGAGGAAGACUUGCUACGCGAGCUGCCCAGUGAUGUCCUAGUCUCCAUCCUGGAGAAGCUCAGCCUCCGUGACGCGGUCAGGGUCGGGGUCCUCUCCCGGCGAUGGCGGUGUCUUCCCGCUCUGCUCCUGAGGCUUGCCCUGGAUAUCGCCUCCUUCUUGCCAAGCGAUGCACGCGACUUGGACGACCACCAUGACAUCUUAUCCGAAGCGGGAGAUAAGCUGACUGACGUGGCGACGGCGCUGCUACAGUCUAAGAGGCCGCCGGCGGGUGGCAAUGAUAAUAAUAAUCUCGACGACGUCCACAACACGACUCUUGCCAUGAGAUUCUAUCUUAGACACAACUACAUGUCGUUGGGACGCCUACUCGACGCCGCCGUCGCCAGCGGCAAGGGCUGGCUCUUCACGACUGAUGGGCUUGUAUCCUUGGGUCAUGUUCCACGCCUCACCGCUGUCACCUUGUCUGAAGACAUCGGCCAUAACGAACAGACUCUCAAGUUAAGCCGCAUCCUUACCAACAGCACUGCACUUAGGGAUCUGCGGCUCAAUUUCAGAGACAGUAACAUCUGGGUUCAACCAGAAACGUCAAGACGUCUGACAAAUGUGUUUAGCAACCUCAAGAAUUUAAAGAUCCGUAAUGUCCACCGGGAGUGUGGCCUUGCUUGGAUCAUGUUCCUCCUUCAGUCUGCCCCACACUUAGAGGAACUCUACAUUAAGCUAAUGGAACAUGAUUGCGAAGAAUUUGCCAGAAAGAAUGUGCCGUGGGAAGUAGACACCAGUUUCAAGCACUAUAGUCUGGCCAGGGUCGCAAUUCUUGGCUUUUACCGCACCGAAGAAACAAUCGUCGCAUUCAUACACCAUAUAGUAGAAGCAGCGGUUAACUUGGAGGAGAUACGCAUUCGUGAAAACGUGGCGUUCAGAUGUGUCAUCUGUGGACAUAUGGAGCCGCCUGCUGGGUCAAGGUUCCCGCAAACGAACCAAGACAGAGAUACUUUUAGGAAGAGAAUCAUCAAUGACGAUGGUAGAUCGACUGCGGCUACUGUCAAAAUAUAUAUUCAAUUAGGAUAA